UGGAGAGGGGUUAGCCAAUGGCGAGGAGGUUGCAGAGCAGAAAACAAAACGCAGGUAGUGUCGUGACAUUUCGCGUGUGAAUGUUCUGAAUAUCGCCUGCGAGAUGUCCCGCGGGGCUGCUCCUGACUCUGACACGGCGGACGAGGCGGUGAGAGGGACCUGUGACGAUGCUUCGAUAUGCAAAAGGUUUGCCGUAAGUGUCGGCUACUGGAAAGACCCUUAUAUCCAGUAUUUUGUGAGACAGGCAAAGGAACGGAAAGCCCCCGAGAUCAACAGAGGGUACUAUGCCCGUGUGCAGGGCAUCAGUCAGCUGCUGAAGACUUUCCUGAGGAGGACACAGUGCAACUGCCAGAUUAUUAACCUCGGUGCCGGACUAGACACCACGUUCUGGGUUUUAAAGGAUGAAAAUCUACUUCCAGUAAAGUAUUUUGAAGUUGACUUCCCUGCAAUAGUUGCACGAAAACUGUACAAUAUAAAGUCCAAGCCACCCUUGUCAAAGCCGAUAAUGGAGUCCCAUUCCGGGGAAUCUCUUUUGAUCGACGCUCACAGUUUAGAUUCAUCGCGGUAUUCAAUAAUCGGAGGGGAUCUUAGAAACCCAAAGGACUUGGAGGAAAAGUUAAAGAAAUUCGGCAUGGACACAGAGUUACCGACUCUGCUCAUCGCGGAGUGUGUGCUGGUGUAUAUGACCCCCGAGCAGUCGUCGUGCCUGUUAAAGUGGGCGACAGACACUUUCUCCACAGCCAUGUUCAUUAACUACGAACAGGUGAAUAUGGGAGAUCGGUUUGGACAGAUUAUGGUGGAGAACCUCCAGAGAAGACAGUGCAACCUGGCCGGCGUGGACAGCUGCCAGUCCCUCAAGUCUCAGAUGGAGCGCAUGCUGCGUAACGGCUGGGAGACGGCGGACGCCUGGAACAUGAUGAUCGUGUACAGCAAUCUACCCCAGGGCGAUGUCGGCAGGAUCGAGAGGUUGGAGUUUCUGGACGAGAAGGAGCUGCUGGAUCAGUUGCUGCUGCAUUACUGCAUAUGUUGGGCCACUAAAGACGCGCUACGUCUGGGUCUGAAAGAAAUCACGUUCUGACAUUAAAAAAAAAAAGAGUGACGGCGCGUGAAUGAAGGCCAGCGCACCCCACGGUGCAGCGGAGCGACCUAUUCCCCCCCCCCCCCGGCUCGCCUGCCCUACGAUCCCCUCUGUCAUGGAGAAGAAGCCGAGGCCGGAUCGCAGCAGACGCGUCACCCGCUCCUAAUUGUUGUGUUUUAAAUAAAUUUCGUUUUGGAAGUUUU